ACGACUCCUCUGGAUACUGUGCGAUCCAGAUUGCUCCUCCAUGCUGUAUCAAAAAAGACCUGAUGAAUACAGCCCAACGAGAUCCCUCGCUCUUUUGGGCGGGAGAGACUGCCACCAGGGGCAAGGUGUCCGACCAGUGCCUUUGGGCCGCCUGCAAGGCCAUGACCACUGGACUCCUCCUGAUCGUCAUAGGCGCCUCCAUGGCAACCAUCGGUUUCUACUCGGACCAUCUCUCGACAGUAGAAGAGCGCCGAGGAAACAUCACUGUCCUUGUGAAAAACGAGAACAGAGACAAGCACCUGGACAGUCUCACCUACGUCGGACCCCUGGUGAUGGGCAUGGGCGGCUUCAUCAUCGUGGCCACCUGCGUCAUGACUUUCGAAGCGAGGGAUACGUCCUCGUCGUCGGCCAAACUGGUAUCGGCCUGGUUCAAAAGAAGCAGGUCUUACGUCGCCCCUAGACCAGAAAUCAGCUGCCAAGGUACCAGCGUCAGCGACGUCUCGUGGGAAAGAUUCCUCCCUGGCAUCCGACACGACUCGACAGUUACCGAGGCCGACCGAUCGGCGGUGACCAGCGCCCUCAUUAAUUUCAGUAAAAACUUGCAAACAAGUUUUGAGUCUGGUCGAGUUCCCCCGUCGGCCGCACCAGAAGUGCCCGGUGGUAGUCCGAGGGAAAAGCUGCAGAAGUGCCAAUCGGAUCCAAAUGUUGUUGCACUUGGCUCUCCGACAUUCAGGGUGCCAUCGCCGCUUCUACCGCGCGACGAGGUUGACAAGGAUUACUUCUUGAGGCCACCGAAUCCUCAGCUCUUGAGGGCAAGACCCUUUAAUGUGUCACCUCUUGAUUAUCGAAAGGUUGUGUCGGUUGACUGCGCCUCGCCGCCGGUCAUGGAAUCCCUCGGCGAGUCUCUGCCAGCCCAAUCUCAAUCGUCCCAAGGUUCCAUGGCCAUGGAUGUGUAUUUUCCGGACGGUGCCGUGACCUUGAAGGUCCAGGACAAGACUAAAGGACACGAUUCCUUGAGCAGUAGUCGAAAAGGAAGCAAAUCAUCCACCACGUCUUCGAAAAGACUGUCCAUAGAUAAUACAGGUUCCGCUGACAGCUUCUGUUCGACGGGAUCGGAGGCGUCGAGAAGGUCUAGAACGUCGACUCCCAGAAAGUCGGACGCUUCGAAACUUCAGAGCUCCGUGAGUGUCUCCGUGAGUCCUCGGCACACCUAUGGAGAACCUUCGAAAGUGACCCCAGUUCUCACCGCAACCAAAUCGGCGACCAUGAAGCGCUAUCCCUUCACAAGGCAAAAGGCUCUCGAAUCUCAUCCUGGACAUUCGGAUGCUUGA